UCAUCAGAGACUGUCCUAUCGGAACGGACUUUUAUUCGGCGAUCUACGCAUGCGUGGUGUCCGGUUGAUGAAGCGGAGUGGGUCGGAUUCAUCAAGCUACAGAAACCGGUCUCCGAGGUUUUAAUUUCCUUGUCCACAAUGAACUUCCCAAGAAACUACAGAAAUACGUCAGGCCCCAGAAUGUUUUCAGGACCUAGGAUGGGGGCUCCUUAUUUUCCAACUUAUAACAGAUCUCGUGUGCAUCAGGACUUUGAGUUUGCAGAGAAUCCAGAUUUGCAUGGAAAUAACUUUUGGGUAGGAUCAGUAUCUUCAAAGGAUACUACGCGGAGAGUAUUUCAACAUGGAAGACCGAGGAGGAACAAAAACAAGCCUUUCGUACCCAGGCAGUUACCUAAAGUGGUGCAAAAAGAGACAGUUGGACCUAAAAAUCCAGAGGAGAAGAAGAUGAUAGAAAACCCAAAAGAUGCGACCAAUAAUCCCCAGAACCAUGAAGCUACCGGUCAUCCACAGAAUUCAGGAGCACCGGGUGCAGCUAAUAAGCCAAGGCCGAGGAAGAUGAACGCCUUCCGGAGAAGAGGAAAAAAAUCAAGAGCUGCGUCUUAUUAUCCAAAGAACCAUGAAGCCACCAGUCAACCACAGAAUUCAGACGUGACCAAAAGGGCACAGCAGCCGAUACCAGGGCGUAAGCCACACAAUCCUAAAGAUGGAGCAGGGAAACCACAGCAGCCGAUGCCGGAAGAUGUCAGUGUGAAUCCUGAAGAUACAGCUACGAACUCACUGCAGCCAAACCCACCAUGUGUCGACCAACCAGAAAAUGCAGAUGAUGAUGAUCAACAGAGCGAGGCGAACACUCAGAAUGGAGACAGCAAGAAACGUGACGCUGCGGAGAUGACCACAGAUGCUGAUUUGCCAAGUCAACCACACAAGAAAUUGAAGACAGAAGAGAACGGCCCUCCUGCAGAGCAGGUUGACCUUGUAAACAAGUAUGGAUUGCGAGGUGAUACCAGCGCAAUGUACUCGUGUGGCUUGUGUCGGUAUCAUACCCUGGACGAGAAGCUAAUCCAGAUACAUUUCUUAACCUAUAAGCACAAAAUGGUGCUGAAGCAUCUGCGGAACUACCUCCCGAAAAACAGAGUGAACUUCCUUAAUGGACAACUUAUAUCGAAGAUGAAAACCUCCUUGGGACAAAAGAGCAACAACGUGAAUCUCGUCAGAAACGUAUUUACAAAAAUAAGUCCAACACAUUUCCUGCAUCGUAUUGAAGCCACGCAUUGUGAGGCAUGCGGUAUUCUCAUUCCAGAUGACCCAGAUCUCCUACCAACGCACAUACAAUCACUCACCCACAAGCAGAAUCUCCAGGUUAAAUUGGAGAACAUUAAGACCAACAGCAUUACGACAGCAAAGGAGCUUCUGCAGGAUUUUGAAAGGCAAAAACAAUCCAAAAUGGGACCGCAUUCCUCUAAGGACAGAGCGCCCUCUUCAGCACAGGGACACUAUUCCUCUAAGUACAGAGCGGGCUCUUCAUCACAGGGACACUAUUCCUCUAAGUACAGAGCGGGCUCUUCAUCACAGACUCCCUCUAAGGCCAUAGCUGCCAGUUCACUUGAAAUCCUGGUUCCUGAGGAAGAUGAUGAUGCUGAACCCAAUGGUCAAGAGUUUCCUGAUAAUUAUAAUGAAGGUCCCAUUGAUGCGAAUAAAGACUGUGAUAAUAUGGUGUUUGAACCUGAUCCCAUGACUGAUGGGAAAGUUAAAGAUGAUGAAACGGAGGAGGAGGCGGCUGAGGCCCCAUGAUGUCACUUACUGUCUCUCAAUAUGGAACAUAAGUUUGUAACUUCUACAGAUGCUAAUUCAUUUUGAGGUGUCUUGUUUGAUUAGAUGAAAUGUUGGUUGCUUCAUUAUGUUUCUUUAUGCUUUUAUUUUUUUUUAAAUAUCUGAGCCGUAAAUACAAGUGGUUGUAUAGAGAAGAUUUUUUUUCAAUUUAUUUUAGACCCUGAAUACCAUAGGGGGCUGUCCACAUGCUUUUAAAAAAAAAAGUGAAUUAUUUAUAGAUACGUUUUAUUUUUUAUUCAGUAGUACAUUAUGGUGAUGAUUGCCACAGUACAGCAUCCAUUCAACAAAUACACGACAUGGGACAAAAACGGGAUGUGAACACAACCUUAGCUGCUUUUGCAGGGUCCGAGAUGGUGACGCAUGACAGAGGGAUUGUCUUUGGUGCUGUUUGAAUCCUCGUGUCGUGCAUGAGGCAGAAUACAGCCUCCCCGACCUCUAUUGUGAAUCAUUGGUUGGAGGAUUAGCUCAUCGUCUGCUCCUGUGAUGUCUCAUUCUCGCUAGGUAAAUCAGUCUUGAUGCUCCGCUGUCCGUUCCUCAGUGCACCAAACAAUGUCUCUGGCCAGUCCUCCACUGACCACUAUCCUAUCCCCCUCUACCGCAAUCCACCUCUGCAGCACCUUUUAGGUUUUAUAUAUGUAUAUUCAAUGAAUCCAAACAAAUUACAGCAAGUAGUCCGUCUGUUUAUUCAGUAAUAAAGGAUACAGUUGCAGUCCAUUUUGCUGCUAGUGCGGAGAGCACAUUGUUCACCUUCCUUACAAAAGGACACAGAUUUGGCAGGAUAAUGAAGGAACUCUACAAUAAUCGAUUUGGGGGGAAAGGGUGGGUGUGUAGGGGUCUGGUACAGAUUUUGCUUUAAAGGGGUUUUCUGAGAUAUUUUUACUGAUGACCUCUAGAUAGGGGGGGUCUAACUCCUGGGACCCAUUAUUCCAGGAAUUAAGAAAAUGAU